CAGCCAUUCAAAGAGAUUUAUCGGAACGAAAGUCAGUUUCGGUUCCAUUAUAACUAUGGAUAUUGAUGAUGAAGCACCUCCGCUGUUGGUGGGCGCUGAUGGCGCUGCGGCGGAUCAAACCGAUGCGCUCAACGCCGAGCUCGAAGAUAUGAGCGUGGCAAAGGUCCCCAUUACCAUUGUUACAGGAUAUCUCGGAGCUGGUAAAACUACUCUUCUUAAUUACAUAUUAAAAGAAGAGCAUGGGAAAAAAGUGGCAGUCAUUUUAAAUGAAUUCGGAGAUUCGGCCGAUAUUGAAAAGUCCCUGACCGUCAACAAAGACGGGCAACAGGUAGAGGAAUGGCUUGAACUAAACAAUGGUUGCAUAUGCUGUUCUGUCAAAGAUUCCGGAGUUAACGCCAUUGAGUCUCUCAUGGACAAACGCGGUCUCUUCGACUAUAUCCUUCUCGAGACCACCGGACUAGCGGAUCCCGGAAACAUUGCGCCUCUCUUCUGGGUCGACACCGGUCUAGGCAGCACCAUCUACCUCGACGGCAUUGUCACUGUUGUCGAUGCCAAGAAUAUGCUUGCUACGCUUGACGACCCUACAACGAGCUCCACAACAGCUUCUCCAUCAACCGCUCAGCCGUCGACUGCUCAUCUUCAAAUCUCCCAUGCGGACGUCAUUGUCCUCAACAAGACCGACUUGGUCUCACCGGAAGAGCUCUCCGCUCUUGAAGCACGCUUGCGCUCUAUUAACGGCCUUGCUAAGAUCCACAAGACACAGCACAGCCGCGUGCCGCAGCUAGAAGGCGUGCUACUAGAUUUACACGCCUAUGACGACGUCAGUGUCGAGGCCUUGUCUGAGGCAGCUGCUCAGUCACCCAAAAGUUCUCUUGAUAAGACAAUAAGCACACUCACUCUCCCUCUUCCACCUCUCACUCCCCAGCAGAUUUCACGACUAGAUACCUGGCUACAACGCAUUCUCUGGGAUAAUCAGCUUCCCUUGCCUACCGAGGGCAUUCGUGACCCUCUUUGCGCGGAAGCAACCGCCGCUGCGAACACCAGAAGCGCAGCUAAUGCCAUAUAUUGUCCUCCGGGCGAAAUACCUGGCUUAGUACCAGCAUCUUCCUCAACGGACCCAACGAAUCCAACGUCAGCUCUCUCGCGGGCCCAGUUGUCGCACGAAAGCCCUGCCUUGUCAGCCGUAGAGUUCGAUAUCCAUCGCCUCAAAGGUCUCGUUAUUCCUCAGGAGAAGACAUCAUCAACAUCAUCAUCAUCUACGUCAAAGAUUAAAAUUAUUCAAGGCGUGCGGGAAGUCUUUGAGAUUUUCGAUGUAGAUGAUGCGGAGCGUACGCAGGCACGACAUGCUUCGACCGUGUCACAUGUUCAUGAUGGGAAAGAAUCUGAAAGCAUCUCUCGAGAAGGGAAAUUGGUUCUCAUAGGGCGAGGUCUGGGAGAUAGACAACAAUGGGAGAGGAGUCUGCGGGCAAGUCUCUUGUUGCAGUAGAUGUAUUCAUGGCAUUAGUCGAUAAAGAACUUGCUCGUCAGAAAACAAAUCGGCAUGGAUCAGCAGCUGUUCAAUUUUUCGUGUUUUGGUUUGUAGUCAUAUCGGAAGCCAGCAAAAUGACUGCCAGCAUGCACCUUUCUGUCCAAAUUUGUAAGGCUUUGUCGUCUGAUGGCUUAAUGCUUUUUUUCUUCAGAACCCCGCGAGAACCCCCACAGCCAGCACUAAUCUGUAGAUGUUAUGUUCCAAUC